CGGAUAUGUCAGGCGCGCUAGAUGUGUAACAGUAUCGAAUUACAGGACCAUCGAUAGUACAGUACUUCCACUUCGCGUGUUCAGUGCGAUGGCACGCGCUGAAUCGAGUCCGACGUAGGUCUCUGGAGUUGCAGCCGUGCUAUCCAGCUGGUUCCAUCGCUGAAUUGGAGCUGCCGCAGGAUGUGUAGGCCGCCCAUGCUGUAUCCGGCGGAGGAGAGCCGGCAGGUGAGUUGGCCUUCAUUGUUUGUACGUUUCUGCUUUACGGUGGCGGCGAAUUUCUUUAGAGAGGUCCAAUUGUUCCAAUGUGGUGUCGUAUGUUUCCCAAUUCAAUGGGUCGGCAUAAGCGGCGUCCAAUGCGUCAUUGUCAAAUGUCAUGAAGGGAACCCUGGGAACUUGGUAUUCUUUGCCCUGGCGAGCGUGAGUUGGCGUUUCGUCUCACAGGGAUGACUAAGUUCGUCAUGAUUCUUCGAAUUGCUAAUGUACGCUUCGUCGCCUCUGCGUCAUGUGUCGUGUCCGCGAUACCUACAAGUUUCCCCAAUGCUCGGCUUCGUCUGUUCAUUCUCAUCCCCUCUACACAGCAUCUACGUCUGUUCCAUAAUCGUCCUCUUGUAGCUAGCUUACGAUUGUUCACACAUAGCAAAAGCUCCAAUGCAGGGUGUUACUUCACUAGACCCUUCAAAGACUCAGUCUCCCAGAAAAGUGUGAAUGAUAGUCUAGUAUUACACACACGCGCACUGCUGCACUACUGCACUGUAUCCCAUUUUAUCCAAUACACCCCACGCCGCCAAACAACCCGAUCCGCACAUGUCAAUAAUCGAGGACGGAGGCGGAAUAAGUCCUCCCAUGCAAUUCCCCUUCCCUUCCUUUCCCAUCGGGUCCUGCUCACCAACCACCCCUUUCUACGCCGGCCAAACAGAACAAAAGAAAGAGCAGCCUGCAGAUGCAAGUGCAUGCACUCACACUAACAAGGUGAGAUAGUGUUGUUACAUAGGGUUCCACGGUCCCCCUGCU